UGUAGGUAGAAUUUAACGAUGAUUGAGCUCGUCCGACCGCGACUAGUAACAUUCGAUGUCACCGGUACGUUGCUCAUGACGAAGUUGGAGGAGCAUUACGUCCAAAUCGGGACUCAGCACGGCCUGUCAGUUGAUCCCUGCAAAUUGGCGCGAAGCUUCAAAAAUAAUUUCCACAGGUUAAGCAUUGAGCAUCCCGUGUACGGCAAACAUACAGGUAUUGGAUGGGAAAACUGGUGGCGGCGGAUAGUUCACAAUGUUUUCAAGGAUCAACACAAUUGCAUCCCUCAAGCCACACUGGACAAGGUUGCUAACAGUUUGAUAAAGUGCUACAGCACAAGCAUGUGCUGGCAGAAAUAUCCCGGCACGAUCGAGUUACUGGAGUAUCUGCAGAAAAAGGGCCUGAUAUUGGGGGUGAUAUCAAAUUUCGAUGAGAGAUUGGAAGCGAUACUUCUGGACACCAGAAUACGGUUUUAUUUCUCGUUCGUUUUAACAUCUUAUGAUUUCGGCGUGGAGAAACCGGACCCCACGAUCUUCGACGAAGCGAUCAAGUUAACAAAAGAACGUCACAGUAUCAAUGUGACUCCCCAGGAGGCGAUACAUAUCGGCGACUCCAUAAGCAACGACUACAUCGGCGCGAAGAACUCCAAUUGGAAUGCCAUUCUCGUUAAACGUGAUAACGACGCAGCAACCAAGCAGAAAAUCCCUAAAGAAGACGCCGUUAAAAAUCUUGAAGAAUUGCGACUACACUUUUCAACGCUAUUCGACAGGAAAAUUAAAUAUGCAUAA